CUUCUUUUGUGUUUAUGGUGAUAUCGGUUAUUAGUCAGCUCGGUGGACACGCUCUGUCCCCAGCACAGUCACGGGUGGACGGACACAAUGUUCGGGACACACACGGUGCUCUUGUAGCUCUCUGGGGAAACGGCAACAAAUCGGUGUUUAGUUGUUGUUGUUGUUUUGUUUGGCGUCCUCACCGGAGCGCUCGAGCUUUGACUGACUGAUUGACGUUUGAGAGCUGAAGCGGUUUUUCACUCCCCGUUUGUCUCCGCGCCGACCCGCCAUUUCUGCGUUGAGGACGGAGAAGCGGACAGAAAAUAAAAAGACACACACGAGAGGACGUCUCUGUGGAUUUACCCCGUGAAUGUCACCGACAUGUCGGGUUGCUCGUGGAGGAGAAACUGGCAUCGCUGGUUCUGAGCCAACGGUUUUGGCUAGUUAGCAGCUAGCUCCGACACCGAGCCGCUCAGUAUAAACUGGUGCAGACAUUGGCGCAGAGACCAGUGCAGCGUCUUCCUCCCGUCUCGUCGGGCUGCUCCAGACCCCGUUCCCAUGUCUGAGCUGUGGGCCUAAACCUAGGCUGAAGGUUGGAUCAAUCCAAUGACCUGCCAGUCCUCCGAGUCCACAGACACCAUCGAGAGCGACAGACGAGCCGACAACAACUCCAGGGCUGUGGAAUCAGACGAGAGCCGCAUUGCCUUAGCCAUGAAAGACCUGAAGAACACAGGCUGGUAUUGGGGCAGUCUGACGGCUAACGAAGCCAAAGAGAUCCUCCAGGACGCCUCAGAGGGGACCUUCCUGGUCCGGGACAGUUCCCAGAGGGAUUACCUGUUCACCAUCUCCGCCAUGACGUCGGCGGGUCCCACCAACCUGCGGAUAGAGUACAAACACGGUAAAUUCAAGCUGGACUCGGUGGUUCUGGUGAAGCCGAAGCUGAAGCAGUUCGACAGUGUGGUCCACCUGGUGGAGCACUACGUCCAGCUGUCCAGGACCAGCGACAAGGCGGCGUCGAACUCUCAGCCCUCGGCCAUGCCGCCCAACGGCACGGUGCAGCUGCUGCUCACCAAACCGGUGUACACUGCCACGCCGUUGCUGCAGCACCUCUGCCGCAUCGCCAUCAACAGGACGACGCGGCAGGUCCAGGAUCUGCCACUACCCAACAGACUGAAGGACUACCUGACGGACUACACCUACAACGUGUAGGCGCCCAGCAGGACUACAGCUCACCGUGGAGUUAUACCAGUGCAAUGCAUCAGCCGUGUGCUAUGCCUGUCUGACCACUGACCAAUCCCAUCAUGCACUGCUACUACAAGAACCCAGCAAGACACAGGGACAUGCAAUAACCAGUGAGUCUGACAGCUGGAGGAAACCUCAGCAGGAUGUUUGGUUGAUGAUGUUCUGUCAGGCUUCUUACAAAGUCCCUGAAGUACUCCUGAACGUACCACACUGCAGUAAGUACCUGUGUGACCCGUCAAUACUGCUCUGUGGUGCUGUAACUGACCACAGUGUGACUUUAAAAUAAUACCUUUAGCAACAUGACGCCUUUACACAUCUACAGACUGCACUUGAACCCAGAGAACGAUGCUGAUCUGUUUCCAGAUUCCAGCUCUGGAGUUACUUAGAAACUACAGGUGAUCACCAGAGACGCUGGAGAUCCAGGUCAUUAUAUUGUCCGAUAUUCAAACAAAAGCUGCGACUAAACAUUAUUUUCUUAUCGAGUCAUUGUUCUCUGCGUUAAAAAUGGACAGACCCUCAGAAAGAGGAGUGCUACCAGCUGGUCCAGGGGCCUCGCCUGAAUGAUUGUCGAUUCAAGGUUUAUUUCAGGAUGAAUCGGGGGCAGGUUGACGAUCUGUUGUCAGUUAUCCAGCCUGAUUACAGCUGUAAAACAUUAGAAAGUAGUUGAGGCAACAGUUUGCUCAGAUAUGUCUCGCAGCUUGGUGGAAAGUGAGCUAACGUUAGCUUUAAACUCUCCACUGCCACAGAAGCCCUGUCUCUCAGUUUAUCUGACGGGACAAGAAAACUGCAAUAACAUCGAGCGCUUUACUGCUCUGAGUUAAGUUUUUUCAGUUUGAGGCGUUCAGGGCACUCCUGCAAGAACACAAAGCUCAUAGAGCUAAAAAAGUGGUGCUAACCAAUGCAAAAGCAGCAAGCGAAACGUUUCACUCUGAAAGCAAUUACAGAAACCUGCCCCACGCUGCUAAAACGUACCCCGUCUGAUCGGUGACAAAUUCCAGCGCUCGCCUCUCCACCAAAACAAGUUACCUCUUGACACUGUUUUGCAACAGCACUCUCGCUGAACCCUUGGUUUCAUUUAUAAGCAUGGUGUACACACAAAAUGAAGCCUGAAAGAGGCAAACGCCACUUCCCACAGGAAAAAUCGUGAUCUAUAAAAACAGACUUGAUAGGAGAAACUUUGACCCAUGCCUACGAACAUUUUAGAGACAAGAAAUUGUCGAGUAUUUCUGGCUAUGAGAUAGAUUUGGCUAUGCAAGACUACAAAAUACUGACAGGAAAACACUUGUUUGUAGUUUAACACAGCCCGAGAUUUUGUCUUCGGGUGUCUUUUUUUUCUGAUCAAAGUUCCACAACCCAAAAAUAUUCAGUUUACUGAGAUAUAAAAAAGAGAGCAACAUUAAAAAAAAAAAAAAAAAAAAAAAAUCUAAUUUUGGCA